ACACGCUUCAGCAAUAUGGCUUUUGCUUUGAAAAAGGUGCUUUCACAAAGAAAUACAAUUUUCUUAAAAUAUGUUAAAAAUUGCUCCAUUGCUACUACCACGCAGAAAAAAAAUCUCGUCAUUCGGUCAAAUUCCAUUUUGAAGAAUGCCAAUAAUAGAGUAGAGCCAAUGGUAGAACAAAGAUUGAAGUACCACGUUCUGGCGUCUAGGAUGUUGGCGCAAAAGAACCGCAGCAAUUUGAAAUCGUUACCAACUAGAAGUUGUCACCCGUUGCUGCACACCGCAUCCGAGGCGUACCUGCACGUCAACAAGAAAGUAUCAAUUUCUCGCAAAUAUGUCCUGAAUAGCAAAUCUGAUGUAUCCAUCUGGGUAGCAAGGAAUGAGAAUCUAAACUACUGUCAGCUCCAAAGAAUACAUAAGCACUUUUCUUCGAAAAGCCAUCCUUACUACGCUGUUGCUAACCUCUCGAAUAAUCCCUGUUUACCCAGCAAACCGACUAUGAGCCGAAAUUGUUCUGAGCUAGACUCUGCUGUCAAAGCCGACUCAGCUGCCAAAACGGAUUCUGCUACCAAUGCCGACUCUGCUGCCGAUGCCGACUCUGCUGCCAAAGCCGACUCUGCUGCCAAAACAAUCUCUGCUGCCAAAGCCGACUCUGCUGCCAAAGUAGACUCUGCUGCCAAAGUAGACUCUGCUGCCAAAGCCGACUCUGCUGCCAAAGCCGACUCUGCUGCCAAAGCUGACUGUGCUGCCAAAGUUGACUGUGCUGCCAAAGUUGACUGUGCUGCCAAAGUUGACUCUGCUGCCAAAGACGACAGUACUGCCAAAGCAGACAUCUCUAACAGCCUGUGCAGCUGCCCUGACAUACAGAUAAAUUCACCAAUGUUUCAAGGCUUUGACAGAACCACUGCCGAACGUCCUGCAACACGGUACAUUUGGCAAUACGAUCCACAAACGACAUUAAAAACGUGUUCCAAUUUUACACCAUUUUCGCCAACAUCUUUUGUCCAAUCAUGCAUGGUAAACUUUCCGUUUAGUGCCCUAGCCAAUUCUGCGGGUUGUUGCGGACCUUGCAGUCCUGGUUGUGGGCCUUGUGGAUGUGGACUUUGUGGAUGCGGACCUUGUGGAUGCGGACCUUGUGGAUGCGGACCUUGUGGAUGCGGACCUUGUGGAUGCGGACCAUGUGGAUGUUGCGGUCCUUGUGGACCUUGUGGCGUGUGCCCAUGGCCAGGUGGCUGCGCGCCUUCUGGGUUCCCAAGCUGCGGGUGUAUCACUCCGUGCGGCCCUUGUUGCGUUGGCGGCCCUUGCGGACCGUGUUGCGGCUCCUGUGGCCCACCAAUAGUUUAUGGAUCAUGUCCUUCUUGUCUUGGCUUUGUUAGUGGCCCAAACAGGCCUCCCUUCGGGUGCAAUCCUUGUUUAUGUGGUUGCGGACCAUGCGGCCCUUGUUGCUGUGGCUGUUUAGUAAGUCAUUGCGCAGACCCUUCGAACAUUUGCGAUUCUCAACCCACUGUGAAAAUUUCGUUGUCACCGCCAAAAUGUUCGCCUUCUUUUGAGACAGAAAGAGACCCCACAUCUAAUAGACAAUACUUUGAGAUCCUUACCAACAAUAGGGUACCAAAAUGUCCGACAGACGCCGAAAAACUUCCGUGAAAGCAUACAGGACAGCUCGCAUUUCUCCUGAGCCUAUCGCCUCGAAACGUCGUGUUGAACCGUUCAAAGCAUGUGAAAUCUUGGCCUAUAUCCGCUAUUUUGCUACCACAAUGUCAGAAGAAAUAUCUUUACAAUCAUUGGACGAGACGCGUAAUGGAGCUUUUAGUUUUAUGAUCACCUGUAAAAUCGUUGAACUAGAACGUCAAAACUAUACAUUAGUUAAAAUUGAUAUUGAUUCAACGAUUAACGCAAACAACAAAUUUACGAUAACUUAUUUCAAGAUUAUUUUAGUACGAAAUUCUCUAACUAUCCAUUAUUUCUAUCAUAAAGAAUGUGUUGUAAUAAUUCACUUAAGUAAUCAAGAUAA